AUGGGGGUUCCGAAGGAGCUCGUCUUCGGUGUAGAUUAUCUGGAGCCCAACAAAAUCACCGAGAGGGAGAUUGCGAGAUUUCGGGCUGAAUACUUCAUACCAGAUUCGGUAGGCAUGAGGAUCCCAAAUCCUACCGAAUCUCUAAGUGGUCCGAAGGACGGCGAAGUCGUCUUUUUCACGGACGUGCUUCUGCAAGGGGUGAGGCUCCCUUUGCAGCCUGCCGUUCAGAGGAUCCUGGCGCAGAUAGGCUAUGCUCUCGUCCAGUUCAAUCCCAACUUCUGGGUAGCGCUAAUGGGGGUAGUCACAGCCUUCGGCAUGGCUGGGGAGGGAGAGCCUUCGUAUGAGCAGUUCUCCCAUCUGUACAGUGUCACGAAGUCGAAGUGUGCCGAUCACGGGGGCUGGGUCCAGGCUAACUGCCUGAAGGCUACCGAGCGUGGUGACUUCGUCAACGCUGUUCCAACCUCCCAGAAGACGUGGAGGAAACGGCGGGUGCUUUUGUCCGAUGACUGA